AUGGAUAUUCUACAACAAUCCUACAAAUAUGGGCGCUCUCCUUUGCCCCAAAACGCCUACUCAAUUCCCUUGAAAACCUACCUAUUCGGCAAAUCAAUCUCCCAUUCCCUUUCUCCGCGCCUCCAAAACAUCAUGUUCCACCACAUCCCCUCCAAAUGGACCUUCCACCUCGCUGAAGAAACAGACCCUGCUGUAUUCCGCAAGACUCUAGAAGAUGAAUCCUGCAUCGGCACCUCCAUCACAAUGCCAAGCAAGCUGUCCUUCCAGCCUGUUCUUGACGAGAUAACAGACGAGGCCCGUAUAAUGGGUUCUGUGAAUACUGUUUUCAUUCGUCUUACGGAUAACGGUCAACGUCGGUAUAUUGGAACGAACACUGACUGUAUUGGUAUUCGUGAUGCUAUCCUGGCGCAAUUCCCUGAUGCAGUAAAGAGCUCGCGUGGUCGGGCGGCUAUGGUUAUUGGAUCUGGUGGUGCGGCCAGGAGCGCUGUUUAUGCACUUUGGAAAUGGUUCGAGCCUUCGGAGAUUUUUAUUGUGAAUCGGGAUACUGAGGAAACUGAGACAUUGAUCGAAGGAUUUCGGGGCACUUUGCCGGAGGUAGUGAUUCGAAAUCUUAGAUCUGUUGAAGAAGCAAAGGCUUGUAUGCCGUUUCUUAUCGUUGGAACUGUGCCGGAUUUCGAGCCUAAGGAACCUGGGGAGAUCAUUGCUCGGGACAUUAUUCAGUCAGUGAUAGAGCAAACUUCGGAUGCUAUUGUGGUUGAUAUGUGUUAUUCGCCGUCUGUGAUGACGUCCCUGGGUGUACUUGCCUUGAGAAACAAGUUGCACUUUAUCACAGGAGUGAGUAUCGUCGUGAGGGUUAAUAUUGCGCAGCAUAUGUUGUGGUUGGAGGGGCCGCCACAUGAGAAGGGCUUAAAAGAGGCGUUGCUUAUCGGUAAGCAGGUAGAAGCUAAUGCUUUGGGUUCUUUUCUCCCGUCGGGUAAGACUCGGAGUGCACUAUAA